AUGGCAAUUGACUCUACUAACAAAAUAUCCUACAAGGAUCUGGUUAAAGGAAACAACCAUAAUUACUACUUCUCUUGUCAUACAGGUUUAAAUCAAGAACCACCACAAGAUAUGAAUGGCCAAAUAACACUCUCCACGGAAGACAAGCAACGGAUCUACUGGCCAUGGAGAUUUUCAGUCAUCAUUAAAGCGGUGGGCAAAAAAUUCAACCACCAAUAUCUCAAGACUAAAUUGACUGACAUAUGGAAGAUUCAGGAAAGCUUUGCUCGUAUAGAUCUGGGAAAAGAACUCUUCACAGUGAAAUUCGCUAGUGAAGAAUACCAAAAAAGAGCCCUACAACAAGGUCCCUGGUUCACCGCAGGUACUUACCUCUCAGUACGAAUUUGGGAACCUAAUUUCGUACCAACAGAAUCAAAGAUUCAAAGUACUGUGAUUUGGAUCCGUCUACCUCAAAUGCCUACGGAAUUCUACGAUUUAGGAAUUUUGGAACGCAUAGCGAAAAUGCUUGGAACACUCGUCAAAAUCGAUGCAUGCACAUCCUCAACCCUAAGAGGACGCUACGUGCGUAUAUGUGUCCAGAUCCCACCCGAGAUGCCAUUACUGACAUCAAUACUAAUAGGGAACAAUCUCCAACAAAUCCAAUACGAAGGAGAAAGGUUCCUCUGCAAAGUUUGCGGCUGUCUUGGCCAUACCUCCACGACAUGCAAAAUUCAGUUACUACUACCAGAAACACAAAAUGAACAGUCGUCGGAGAACCCAAAUGAAACAGAAGAACAGGGAGGGACAGGCAAAACUGAUGUCUCGAUGCCCUCCUCUGAACCCACCCUUGAACUGGAAAAGGGACAAAAUGCUAGAAGCACUAAGAGAAGGGAGCGUGGAAUUAAAGAGAAUAUUGCAAACUCUGAAAGUUCCAAGAAUCGAAGCCAUAAACCUAGAAAUGCCAGUCCAUCUUAG